AUGGAUAACGAAGAAAUCGAAUUGCCCGGUCUUAUGUACUAUCUAGCUCACCAUUUGGUCCAAAAUGUAAACAGUCUCACAACAAAAUUAAGCGUAGUAUUUGAUGCCUCAUCAAAAACAGAAAGUGGGUUUCGUUUAAACGACGUACUGCAAAAGGGACCGUCAAUACAAGAGGAAUUAAUUCACAUAUUAGCCAGAUUUCGCAAGCACAAUUUUGUGGUAACUGCCGAUAUAAAAAAAAUGUACCGACAGAUACAGGUCUGUAAGAAACAUCGUGAUUAUCAACGUAUGUUGUGGAGAGAGAACGUUAAUGACCCUAUAAAGAUAUAUCGAUUAAACACUGUCACCUAG